CCUCUCGUUGUAGCCUCAGUUCACACAAAUAAGUCAACGAGAAAGAAAGAUAAGGAGCAAUACAGAAGCACGAGACGUGAUUUAAAUCAUCCCCUCAAAGCCAAGCUAAUCUAUUCAAGCUUAAUUUCUACCCUGGUCUUAUUCCCCGAUUGUAAUGAAGUUGAGCAAAAUGAAAACUUCGAGCAUGUGUCUCUCCAGCCUUUUGUGGCUUUUGACCCUUUACUCUUGGCCAGCAUGGGCGGCUCAAGAGAGCACGGGAACCGUAAUCGGGAUCGACUUGGGCACGACCUACUCAUGUGUGGGUGUCAUGAAAAAUGGACGAGUCGAAAUCAUCCCCAAUGACCAAGGAAAUCGGAUCACGCCCUCAUACAUGGCCUUCACGGAAGAAGGUGAGCGAUUGGUGGGUGAUUCGGCCAAGAAUCAACUCACGUCUAAUCCCAAGAACACCAUCUUCGAUGCCAAGCGCUUGAUUGGACGCGAAUGGAGUGAUCCCACGGUUCAGUCCGACAUCAAAUAUUUCCCCUUCAAGUUGACCGAGAAGAAGGGCAAGCCCCAUAUCACCGUGGCCUUGGGAGCCGCCGAGAAGUCCUUAACCCCGGAGGAAGUGUCCGCUACCGUGUUGACCAAGAUGAAGCAGAUCGCCGAGGAUUACUUGGGCACCAACGUCACUCAUGCUGUCGUGACUGUGCCAGCGUACUUUAACGAUGCUCAGCGCGCUGCUACUAAGGAUGCCGGUGUCAUUGCGGGUUUGGAGAUCAUUCGCAUCAUCAACGAACCUACGGCCGCUGCUAUCGCCUAUGGCUUCAAUGAUAACAAGAGUGCCGGCGAGAAGAAUAUCCUGGUCUUUGAUUUGGGCGGCGGAACCUUCGAUGUGUCUCUGUUGACCAUUGCUGAUGGAGUGUUCGAGGUGGUAGCUACUAACGGUGAUACUCAUUUGGGUGGUGAAGAUUUCGAUCAACGUGUUAUGGAAUAUCUGGUCAAGUUGUUUAAGAAGAAGACCGGCAAGGAUUUGCGAACCGAUUCACGAGCUGUCCAGAAGUUGAGACGAGAAGUCGAAAAGGCCAAGCGAGCGUUGAGCGCCUCCCAUUCCACCAAGAUCGACGUCGAAGCUCUCUUUGAGGGAGAAGAUUUCUCCGAGACCCUGACCCGUGCCAAGUUCGAGGAGCUCAAUAUGGACCUUUUCCGUGCUACCAUGAAGCCAGUCAAGAAAGUGUUGGAGGAUGGUGAUAUGUCCAAGAAGGACAUUGACGAGAUCAUUCUAGUCGGUGGAUCCACUCGUAUUCCCAAGAUCCAGCAACUGGUCAAGGAGUUCUUCAACGGCAAGGAACCCUCCCGAGGCGUUAACCCUGAUGAAGCCGUGGCUUACGGAGCUGCCAUUCAGGCCUGCAUCCUCUCCGGUGGAGAUUGCGGCGAUACUCAGAUGGUCCUUUUGGAUGUGAACCCUCUGUCCUUGGGCAUUGAAACCGUCGGUGGUGUCAUGUCCAAGCUCAUUCCCCGAAACAAUGUGGUUCCAAGCAAGAAAUCUCAAAUCUUUUCCACUGCUGCGGACAACCAAGACACCGUGACCAUCAAAGUAUACGAGGGCGAACGGCCAAUGACCAAAGAUAACCAUCUACUGGGAUCUUUCGACUUAACCGGCAUCCCGCCCGCUGCUCGAGGCGUGCCUCAAAUUGAGGUCACUUUCGAAAUUGACGCUAAUGGUAUCCUUCAAGUGAGCGCGAAGGACAAGGGCACCAACAACGAGAACAAGAUCACCAUCACCAACGACAAUAACCGUCUCACAGAGGAUGAGAUCCAACAGAUGAUUGAGGAUGCCGAGAAGUUCGCCGAGGAAGAUAAAUUGCUGAAAGAAAGGACGGAUGCUAAGAACGAGCUGGAGCAAUAUGCUUACACUCUGAAGCGACAAAUAGACGAUAAAGAACAACUGGGAGGAAAAAUCUCGGACGAGGAGAAAGAACAAAUCACCACCAUUGUGGAUGAGAAGCUCGACUGGCUGAAGGAGAAUGAGGAAUCGGAUGCGGAUGGCUUCAAAGCCGCCAAGAAAGAGAUCGAGGAUAUUGCUCAGCCCAUCAUUGCCAAAUUGUACCAAGGAGGAGCUCCACCCCCCACGGACGAAGAGGAUGAUGGUAGUGAUUCCAAUCACGGGGAUGAGCUCUGAUCGAACGUCUUCCCCCGAUCUCGUCAAUCCACCUCAUGAUCUGUGAUGCCUUUUUAGAAGUACUGUUUAUUGUCCCACGGCUGUGAAUACUCAACCACGAGCCUCUUCUUCGUUGCCCCAUUCACGCCUAGGAAUUUGCCACUAUUGGUUCAGUUGUAACUUGUGUCCUGAAUGCUAAUAUGAGUUGUCAGUACACCUGGCAUUGUCACUUUUGGUCAGUUCUGUUAUUCGUGAAGUAACCCUUGAAGAAUAAACCAGUUGUUUUACUGA